UUUUUAGAAUAAAAAAAAUUCUUUCUUCAAGAUGAUUAAAUCAGGAAUUCGAAGUUGUCUUCAAUGGAAUACAAUAGUAUUUAAAAGACAUCUUGCAACUGCAAUUGACUCUACAUCUGUGUCAACAUCUACUCAGAAAAGUUUUUCAUAUGAAGUAAAACAAGAGAGAUUGAAUCAAAUUGCAAAAUCUCCAAGUGGCUGGGUUCCCAGAGGAAAUCCAGAAUUUCCUUUUGAUAUUGAUCGAACUCGUACCAAUAAUCUUCCAGUUUAUGUUUCUGCUAAAUCAGGAGGUAGAAAACUUAUUACUACAGUAAGAAAAAUUCGAGGAGAUUUAAAAGAACUUGAAAGGGUAAUCAGAUUGCAUUUAGGUGACAAUUAUCAUUACCAAAUCAACGAGCUCACCAGUCAAAUUCAUAUAAAAGGAAAUCACAAAGAUAAAUUAAUCAGGCUGUUGAAGGAGUUAGAGUUCUAAAUGUAAUUUUUAUUUUUCAAAACAAAAAGUUUUCAUAAUGUAAAAAAAUAAAAUUUUUAUUUAUUAA